GCUCGCUGGGUCAUAUCAUAUCCAAGAAUUUGUGUCCCAGUACCAACGGAUCACAGCCAUGGCCGCGGUGAUCGAGGAUGUCGAUGAUGAUGUUUGUGCAGUUCAGGUGACGAGGGACAAUGUGCCCCAGUCCACCAAGGACAUUUGCAUCGAGGACGACGCUGAUGAUGCCGAGGCCGUUUGCGUUUCCAUCUCGCAAGACAAAGCUGGUACCAAGCGUCCAGUGACCCUCGUGGAGUCCGACUCAGACAGUUCCAGCUCAGGCUCCCAGCGCUCGAGGUCCAAGCGCCUUGCCAGCGGUGCAGCGGCGGCCACGGCGCUGCUGUCGGCCGCGCAGCCACUGGACGUGGACGAGGCCGAGCGUGUGAUGUCGCGCGUGCUGUGUUUGCCCACGGCCUUCGUGGGGCCUUUGCAACACGAGGGUGGCCUCGUGGAGGUCAUGGCGGAUUGCAUGGUGAACAUCAGCGUGCAGCCCGUAGACAUGAAGCCCAAGGACACUGAGAUCAAGAUCUCCGGUACGGAGCACGCUGUUGGGAGGGCUGUCUCGCAAAUCGAGCUGCAUUUUGAACCCUUUGCUGAGGCCGAAAGGAAAGCAAAGGCUGAGGCUGAGAGCGGUCACAUGGAAGAGGUGUCCAUUCCGGAGCCACUCCUGUGUGCUGCGCUCGGACCCAACGGCCGAGAUCUGCCCAAGGUGCGGGAGCCGUGCGGUAACGUGAUGAUCGCCCUGAUGCCGCCGAAGAGUGGGGAACUCUUGGCCCUCAUUGGACCCGGGACUCAAGAGCAGGUGCAGUCUGCCAAAAAGGAGCUGUUGCGCCGAAUUGCUGUUGCAGAGAAGGCAAAAUCAGAGGCUACAAAUCCAUCAAGGCAGCUGUCAGAUGAGUUCACCGCGCUCAUGGCAGAUGUGGGACAGUGACAAAAACGGCGUGCAGGGCCGCGCACAGCGCGUGGAGGGCAUGGGGCGACAUGAC